AUGCAAUACAAUACAGUGAUGGGAGGAAUGGCAGUGGGGCCCACGAGAGAUGAGCAUUGUUGGGAAUGGGGGAGGAAGUACAUGGAGUAUGAUCUUUGCAGCGUCAAAGACGGCGUUUCGCUGACACUAGGUUUAAUCAGUGUGGUGAGUUGGGGUGUUGCUGAGAUACCUCAAGUCAUCACAAACUACAAAAACAAAUCCACGGACGGUCUGUCUCUUGCUUUCUUGAUGACUUGGAUACUCGGGGACCUUUUUAAUCUUUUCGGCUGCAUGUUGGAACCUGCUACGCUUCCCACACAAUACUAUAUGGCAAUGUUGUAUACAAUUACCACAGCUGUUCUUGCGGUGCAGACCAUAUACUAUGGCUGCAUAUAUCCUCGACUUAAACAAAAUUUGAGACAGAAAAAGGGUUCCAAGUCUAACCUGACUGAGGUUAGAAGAAGCAAUACUGACUUCGUUGGGAAACAGGUCAACCAUGAUGGCAGGAGUAUUGGGUUUGACACCCCCCAAUCAGCAAGAUCUCUAUCAAGGAGUCAUACCCCCACAGAAAGGUCUUAUUUGGCACAAACAACAGCUCCUACAUUUAAUCAUAUCCGGAAUUCCAAUGAAGAGCCCUUGCUUGGUGCACUUGCAUCUACACAAUCUGCACCAUCUAAUAAUAUCAAGACCGUCCUCUCUGUGGUCUCUCUGAUGACCCUCUUUGGCACUUUUAAUCACCGAUCAGUAGAUAACAAACUUGAUUUAAUUGUUGAAAAUCCAAGUCGAGGAGUAGUGAUGCGAGUAGGAAGAAGGCUGUUGCAGGUAAGUAGUGAGCCGUUGCAAGCAAAGGGUACUAAAGAUAGCAGCAGGAUAGGAAAUUUGCUUGGUUGGGGAAUGGCAGCUAUUUACAUUGGUGGACGGCUUCCUCAAAUUUUCUUAAAUAUCCGAAAGGGCAAUGUUGAGGGGCUUAAUCCUUUAAUGUUCGUCUUUGCUGUUCUUGGAAAUGCCACUUAUGUAGCAAGCAUUAUUGUGAACAGCUUGGACUGGUCGGAGAUCAGACCAAAUCUUCCAUGGCUGGUGGAUUCUGGAGGAUGCAUGCUUCUGGAUAUUUUCAUACUAAUUCAAUUCUUCCGAUAUUGGAGACACCAAGACCCAGAGGGUAAGGAUGUACACUCCAAUGCAGCCUAG